UCCAUCAGUUACAAACAGCAUUUAACUUUCCACGGUAGAGGAUACAUUUCAAAAACAAUUCUCUUUUUCGAGCGUUGUUUUUUGUUUCGUUAUCGUGAUUCCAUGAAGUAAUUCGUAACCGUACAUCCAUUACUUCCGUACGCUGUUCCGCGAUUUGAUCUUUCCGUAUUAGAAACAGGAAAACGUUUUGACCGCAAUAUGAAAGUUUUCUUCCUGUUACUCGGCUUAGUCGUAAUCGUUUGUGUAACUGCAGCAGACAAAUAUCCAAGCAAAUAUGAUGAUAUCGACGUGGAUAGGAUACUCCAAAACGGACGUGUUCUUUCCAAUUACAUCAAAUGCAUGUUGGACGAAGGGCCGUGUACGAACGAGGGUAGAGAAUUGAAAAAAACGUUGCCAGAUGCUUUAUCCACAGGCUGUAGCAAAUGCAAUGAAAAACAAAAACUUACUGCUGAGAAGGUAGUAAAUUAUCUAAAAACCAAAAGACCAAGAGACUGGGAACGACUUACUGCAAAGUAUGAUCCUCAAGGAGAAUACAAGAAACGUUACGAAAAUUCUCUAGCUGCCAAAAACUCAUAAGUUUAUGUAUAGAAAUCUGGCGUUUAGAAAUAAGAUUUAAUUUGUACAAUAAAAAUAUAAGUGAUUCAUUUUUUGUAUUGUUAUGUAAAGGUAUGCAUAUGAACGUUUAAAAUAUAAAUAAUACGUUUAUAAUAUUAUGAAAUUCA